GCCUAGCUGGUGCGGAGGUGAAAACACGCUGCAAACAAUUGAGUUAUUUUGUAGGAAUCCGGGAACUGAGAGUGUAACAAUAGGGCGGGUUGACUGCGCAAAUAAUUUUUUUAUUUACAGAAGAUAAAGAAAAACGAAAGGGAAAUGUCAACACGGUUCAGCCAGAAAGAAAAACAGAAACAGGCCGGCACAAUGAAUCCGCCUGAGGCAAAAAUACCUGAGGAGGGAGGGGAAGGCCUCUCUGAAAUAUUAAAAUAAAUCAGAGAAUUCCGCAUGGAAACUGCUGGGAAUUUUGGACUAUUGAAGGAGGAAAUAAACGACUUGAGAGAAGGCUUCGGAGAGCUGAAAAUAAGAGCGGAUGCAGCAGAAUUAAGAAUCGCAGAAAAUGAAGACCGUGAAAUCGGUAUGACAAAAGUACUCCUUCACAGUUUACGCAUGCAAAAGCAACUGGAAAAUAAAUGUGAGGAACUUGAAGGCCGGGAACGACGGAACAACCUGAGGAUUUAUUCAGUGCCCGAAAAAUGUGAGGGAAAUAGCAUGAUGGACUUUGUGGGAAACUUAAUACGCGAGAAACUGGAUGUGAGCGGCGAAAUUCCCAUUGAGAGAGCGCACCGGGCAACGGGGCAUCUCACUGGGCACAGCGACCGUCCCAGAUCAAUAAUAGUCCGCUUCCAAAACUACAACGUGAGGCAAAGGGCGCUACAAGCCGCCUGGGCAAAGAAGGACAUUAGGGUGAAAGAUUGCAGGAUUUUCUUUGAUGAGGACUUCACCACCCAAGUGUUCAAGGAGCGCGCAAAAUACAGACAAGUAAGGAAGCAGCUCCAGGAAAGAAACAUCAAAUCCCGCAUUCUGUUCCCUGCUAAACUGAAAUUAUUCGAGAAAAACGGAAAAGUCAGGGUGUUUAACAACCCACAAGAUGCGGCACAGGGUCUACUGGAGUAUGGUGUCAGCAUGGAGAGUCCAGCAGGAGAACCGGACUUGGAGUCUACUCUUCAGGCUUCAGGAUGGCAGACACACCGAUCCAGGAACCGGAGAACCCCAGGAUGUGAGCUGAUGUCGGACGUAAAGACAUUAAUUGACUCGCUUGAUCGGCAUGAAAGAGCAAAGGAAUGAACAGAAUAGUGCCCAUUGCUAAGGAGGAUCAAGAGAGAGGACGAAAGAGGUACAGAGACAGAGCGCUGGACGUCAGAGAAAUCACCAGAAGAAGGCAGACAGGAAGUAAACACCAACAGGAACACGGUAAGGGCUCUGGCAUUAUGAGAAACUGUGGACAGACUUGGAUAGUUACAGAAAAACAUCGAUAGGAGCUGCCGUUCAUUACACAAUGAUACAAUAAUACUGAUUGGUAUUUUUAUUUGUAUAAAUGUUCUCAGAUAUAUUAAAUAUAUAUCUUUCCUUUGUUGAUUUAUUUACUCUCUACACAAGCAGGGGGGCUGCAUGAGAAGUUAAAAGGAUGGAUGCAACUGGAGAAUAUAAGGGAUUGACUGAGCAAAUACAGCUGAGGGAAAUAAAAAGUUAAACUGUAGAAAACAGAAAGUAGUUAAUCUUAUGAUCUGCAAAAAUUUACCGCAAGAUAGAGCAACAUAGGGUUUUUAAAAUAUAAAAUUCAUCCAAAUAAUUAAAGGUACAUGCACAGUAAUAAUAAAAUCUUAACGUGACACAAAAGCAAUGUCAUGUGACACGUAUGAGGUGUUUAAAUUAGGUUUAAUGAGCUUUUAACACCUCUUAAAUGUGAUGCAGGCUGACAUAAGAAUAAGAAUAUUCAGCCAAAUACCAAAUACUCACGUGAGAGUAAAUCUCAGCAGACACCUGUCAAUCAUGUUCCUCUCUCGCUGUCAGCCUCAUUCCUGUCAGGCAAGGAUAGACAGUCAAAACCUGGAAGAAAAUGAAAAACAAUAUCUAAAUAUAGAUCUGAUACCGGCAUCCCUGCACAUUGUGAAAAGAGACUCUUACAGGUCAGGGUUUGUGUCAAGUCAAAAUGCCCUUGUGUAAAACACUUGACCCCUACUUCCUCACUCGCUGUCAGACGUGUUUUCAGAAGAAGCCUCAGCAAAAUGCAAAUAGGGGAUAGGGGAAAGUCGAGGGGCUGCAACAAGAGCUGAGAGGUUUGAAAGUCAGAUCCAAUUUGGAGGAGUUCCCUUUCUGGGACAAUAAAGUAUAUCUGUUGUGUAAGUUAUCUUAAAAAUGUAAAAAAAUUCAAAUAAACCUUUAAGUCAACAAAGUGUGCUUCAUCACAAUGAGUCUUCCAGAAGAUACUAGCUAGGGUAUUAGCAGUAGCCAUGGUCAUUCUUUAUGUUCAUUAAGAUAAAUUAAGGAGUGGUUUUGGAGGGAUGCCCCAAGGAAAAGAUCAGUGUUGCCAACUUGGUGAAUUUCCCCGCUAGAUUUAGCAAGUUUUGAAGCUAACACUGCUAGCUACAUCAAUCGGUUAGCUUCAUCGGCCUGGGUUUUCUGGUUUGAUAAUUUAAAAACUAUAAUUUACUCUUGUUAGCUUAUCCAAUUGUACUUACCCAAGCUUCAAAAGGAAAUGUAUAAUAUAACCAAUAGUUCUAUACAGUAAUAGUAAGGUGUAUCUAAAAGUAAAAAGAUUAGAUAGAUGGAUAGAUAGAGAGAGAGAGAGGUAGGUAGGUAGAGAGAGAGAGAGAGAGAGAGGUAUGUAGGUAGGUAUAGGUAGAUAGAUAUAUAGAUGGAUAGAUAGAUAGAA